AUGAAUACAGACUCAAAGGAGGUUUUGCCCAUGGAUGUACAUGGUCCUGAGGCUUGGGAAGAACUGACCGUGAAGGUGGAGACGGAAAGUCGCCUCCAGAUGCAGGAAUCCAGACUGAAACGUAGCAGUCCCCUGGCGAGGGAAGUCUUCCGAACGCGCUUUCGACAGCUGUGUUACCAGGAAACUCCUGGACCCAGGGAGGCCCUCACCCAGCUCCGUGAGCUGUGCCGCCAGUGGUUGAGGCCUCAUGCCAGCACGAAGGAGCAGAUCCUGGAGCUGCUGGUGCUGGAGCAGUUCCUGACCAUCCUGCCCAAGGAGCUCCAGGCCUGGGUGCGGGAGCACUGUCCAGAGAGCGGGGAAGAGGCUGUGAUUCUGCUGGAGGAUCUGGAGAAGGAGCUCGAUGAGCCACAACUUGAGAUGGUAGCCUACGGACAGGGACGAGAAGUCUGCUCUAGAGAGACGGUGCCUCUAGGCGAGCAGACAUCACUGAGCCUUCAGUCCCAGCCCGAGGAGCCCCAGCUCCCUCGUGACACUGCCCAAGAGUCCCGCCCUACUGGAGAGACAGAUGCAACGAGCAUGGCUGAGGACGGAGAAGUGGUGCCGAGGAAAGCCUGUCCUGAGAUAGCAGAGUCCCGCGGGGAAGUCCUUUCCGCACAGACCUGGGAGGAGGCACGCGGGGGGCCCGGGCCUGGACAGGGCUGGGCAGAGGGGCGCCGGGGCGGCCCCCCGGGGCGGGGAUGGCACACAUGUGACGAGUGCGGCAAGACCUUUGCCCAGAAUUCGGGCCUCACCCGCCACCGCAGGGUGCACACGGGCGAGAGGCCCUACGCGUGCGGCGAGUGCGGGAAGGCGUUCAGCCGCAGCUCGGGGCUGUUCAAUCACCGCGGCAUCCACGACGCGCACCGGCGGUACCGCUGCCGGGAGUGCGGGAAGGCCUUCAGCCAGAGCGCCGGCCUCAUCCAGCACCAGCGCAGCCACCGGACUGUUCUGAGGAGCAGCAGACGGCAGUGGUACGGAAGGACACUGGGGUCCAUAAAGUACACGUCAGAUAAGGAGAAGGUGACGUGA